ACGCGUGACCUUGGCUUUUCUUCUUCACCUGGUUUUCUAACAGAGAGGACGAGCAUGGCAAACAAGGAUCCUGGUGGUUUUUUGCAGCAGCUGCGGCAGAUAGCAGCCAGGAUGUCGGCUGGACCUCGCGGUGCCGGUGUCGGCGUGAAGCUGCUGAUCGGAGCCGGAGCUCUGGCGUACGGUGUGAAGGAAGCAACGUACACAGUUGAAGGAGGUCAGCGAGCGAUCGUCUUUAACAGGAUCGGAGGGAUGCAGAUGGACACGGUGCUUUCUGAGGGGCUUCACUUCAGGAUACCCUGGUUCCAGUAUCCCAUCAUCUACGACAUCAGAGCAACACCCAGAAAGAUUUCCUCUCUCACAGGAAGCAAAGAUCUGCAGAUGGUGAGCGUGUCUCUGCGUGUCUUGUCUCGGCCGCUGGCCUCCAACCUUCCCGCUCUCUACCAACAUCUGGGGAAAGACUACGAUGAGCGAGUUCUUCCCUCCAUCGUCAACGAGGUGCUGAAGAGCGUCGUGGCCAAAUUCAACGCUUCACAGCUCAUCACACAGAGAGCACAGGUGUCUCUACUGAUCCGCAGAGAGCUGUUUGAGAGAGCGAAGGACUUCAACAUCAUCCUGGACGACGUGGCGAUCACCGAGCUCAGCUUCAGCAGAGAAUAUACUGCUGCUGUGGAGGCCAAGCAAGUCGCCCAGCAGGAGGCGCAGCGAGCUCAGUUCUACGUUGAGAAGGCGAAACAGGACCAGAGACAGAAGAUCAUCCAGGCUGAAGGAGAAGCUGAAGCCGCCAAGAUGCUGGGUGAAGCCGUGACGAAGAACCCGGGUUACCUGAAGCUGAGGAAGAUUCGGGCAGCGCAGAACAUCGCCAAGACGAUGUCGCAAUCCCAGAAUAAGGUCUACCUGAACGCUGAGAGCCUGGUGCUCAACCUGCAGGAACGCGACAACUACAAUUUGUCGCUGGCGAGGAAGUAAGAAGUCAUCCGUCCUUCCUCCUCUUCCUCUUCCUCCUUCCUUCUCGUCUGUCAUCAUUCCUUCAGUUCCACUUCUGCAACGAACGACGGAAAGAAAGAAAGAAAGAAAGAUAAAAUCCUUCCGGUCCUUCUCGUGUUUUUUUUACAGGCUCCAGAAACUGAAUCUGAGUGUCGAGAUGUUUGGAAAUCCCUUUUUUUGAGUUUAAAUUAAAAAGGUUCCUCUGGUGCUGAUGAAGUUUCCCUUUGUUUGUGUUACUCUUCAUCAGUCAUCAUGUGAGGAUCUGUAGAAGGUUUACGUGAAGCUGUAAUCAUCAUCAUCAUCAUCAUCAUCAUCAUCAGUUUAUUAGGAUAUUAAAGGCUGAAGCUGCUACGCUACUAUAUUUUCUACACAGCUGGUUUAAGUUAUUUCUCUACCAGUGUAACUGUUUAAAAGUGAUUAUAAUAAAUACGUCAUUAACACCA